AUGGAGCGGCCAUUGGGCGGAAGUGAACAGAGGUGCACAAUAACUGCGGGCUGGAAGGAGGAAAAAAAUAUAUAUAUAUAUAUAAAUAUAUAUAUAUACACUUUUAAAUAAAUUUACACUCGGCUUGUGACAGCCUUGGAUUAAACCCCAAAACCGCAGAGCCUCUGAUCCUCUCGGAAACAUCCUCAGGCUGGACUUUUAGUGUGCUCGCGAGGACCGGAUCGCCGGAAUCAAGUCGUGGAAGUUGCUGAAAAAAGCGCAGUUCAGCCUGCACGGAGCCGAGAGGAACCCACGGGCUUCGGGUUACGCCGAGCACCCUCGCUGCUGCUGCUUCUUUUUUUCUUUGCAAGACUCUUGCUGAAUCUAAAGAAGCCCUCUUGAUGAAUUAUGUCUACCACCAGUAUUGACCCACAGACAUCCAAAGGGCAAGACGCUAAAGUGCAAAAUGGCUCUCUUCAUCAAAAGGAAACAGUCCACGACAAUGACUUUGAACCAUACCUCACUGGCCAGUCUAAUCCGAAUAACAGUUACCAAUCAAUGACCGACCCAUACCUGUCUAGCUACUAUGCCCCCUCGAUUGGGUUCCCGUACCCCCUCAGCGAGGCCCCCUGGUCCACCGGCGGAGACCCGCCGAUCCCGUACCUCACUCCAUACGCCCCACUCAGCAAUGGAGACCAUCACUUCAUGCAUGACACUGUGUUUGGACAGCCAGGGGGUCUGGGUAGCAGCAUCUAUCCACACCGCUUUAACUUUUUCCCUGAAAACCCAGCGUUUUCCGCCUGGGGUACGAGCGGCUCCCAGGGCCAGCAGACUCAGAGUUCUGCAUACGGGGGCAGUUACAGUUACCCGCCCAGUUCUUUAGGUGGCACCCUGGUACCCGACGGGCAAACGGGCUUCCCAAGCGACACCCUGAAUAAGGCGCCUGGUAUGAACAGCUUAGAGCAGGGCAUGGUGGGGUUGAAGAUCGGCGGUGAUGUGACCGGAGGUGGUUCCGGAGUGAAGACGGUGGGCUCGGUGAUCGGUGGAGGGCCGGUGGCGGCUGCUGUGGCCACGGGUAACGGCGGGACUCCACUAGGGCUACCGCCUCCCAAACCCACAUCCUGGGCGGCUAUCGCCAGCAAACCGGCCAAGCCUCAGCAGCUGAAGUUGAAGAGCAAGCCGGGGAUGCCCAUGGCUGGAGGCACCCUGCCCCCGCCACCCAUCAAACACAACAUGGACAUUGGCACCUGGGAUAAUAAGGGGCCUGUGACUAAAGUGGCCUCGCCACUGCCCCACCACCAGCAGCAGCCUCCGCUCCACUCCCAGGGUCACCUACCGCCUCACCCUCACGGGCUCCCGCCCCCACCUCAGCCCCCUAUGCCAUCUGCCCAAUCACUAGCCCAUCAGAUGGCGAUGCAGGGUCCGCCCCCUCCACUGCCUUACCAGAACCACAACCCUGCUCCUCCCCCUCAAACCCGGUGGGUUGCCCCACACGUAACCGCAACCCUUUACGGUGGGGGUGGCAGCAUGGACAGCAGUGGCUCAUCGAGCGGCGGAGGGGUCGGCAACGGUGGUGGCGGUGGACCUCCGGGAUCCGGUGCUGUGGAAUCCCACCCGGUCCUUGAAAAGCUGCGUGCAGCGCACAGCUACAAUCCCAAGGACUUUGAUUGGAACCUGAAAAAUGGCCGGGUUUUCAUCAUUAAAAGCUACUCGGAGGACGACAUCCACCGCUCCAUCAAGUACUCCAUCUGGUGCAGCACGGAACACGGUAACAAGCGGCUGGAUUCGGCCUUUCGCGGCAUCAACGGCAAGGGUCCUGUCUAUCUGUUGUUCAGCGUCAACGGCAGCGGACACUUCUGUGGCGUGGCAGAGAUGCGCUCGCCCGUAGACUACGGCACCAGCGCCGGCGUUUGGGCGCAGGACAAGUGGAAGGGCAAAUUCGAUGUGGACUGGCUGUUUGUUAAAGACGUGCCCAACAGCCAGCUCAGGCACAUCCGCCUGGAGAACAAUGACAACAAGCCCGUGACCAACUCCCGUGACACGCAGGAGGUGCCGCUGGAGAAGGCCAAGCAGGUGCUGAAGAUCAUCGCCACCUACAAACACACCACCUCCAUCUUCGAUGACUUCUCACACUACGAGAAACGGCAGGAGGAGGAAGAGGUGGUAAGAAAGAACCUAGAGCCUGCUCCUCUCCAGAACCGAUCCCGACUGGAUCAAGAACGCCAGAACCGAAAUAAACAAUAGAAGGCUGCCCCCUACAUAUGAUGAGCAGUUGUUUUAGGACUGACCAUUUGAAAAUAAAAUUUAAAGAGGACACAAGAUGAAAUUUAAAAAAAUAAACAAUCAUUAUGUUUUUUCUAUUUAAUUCUGGUGACUUCAGCCAGCGUCAGACUCGAGCCUCUGCGCCUCCGGCUUCACCUGUGGGGGCUGAAG